AUGAGGGUCCGGUUGUUGGCUAAAAGUGGUCGGUGGCAGGUGUCAAGAUUUGUGGAUGUUCACAAUCAUGCAAUGUUACAGGGAAAUCAAUCUUCAAUGUUACCAGCACAUCGUAAGUUAAAAGUAGGCGAUAUAGUGGAGAUGAAUAGUAUGCGAAAAGCUGGAAUUAGCACCACAGGCAUCUACAAUCUGAUUGCUGACCAAUCUGGUGGUUUUGAUAAAACUAAUUUUUUGAAGGUAGACAUGUUUAAUCAAAUGACAAAGCAAAAACAGAAGGAGCAUUGUGAUCCGAAGGCUGUUUUGGUGUAUCUGAAGGGACUUGCUUUCGGUGAUCCUAGGAUGUAUUGGUCACACCAUGUUGAUGAGAAGGGGAAUUUAAAACAAUUGUUUUGGGCUGACGGGAUUAGCCGAAUGGACUUCCAGGUGUUUGGUGAAGUUCUUGCAUUUGAUGCUACAUACCGGAAGAAUAAAUAUGGUUGUCCCAUUGUUGUCUUAGUGGGAGUGAACCAUCAUUGUUAG